GCGCGCAUGCUCAGUGGCCCGCCGUGUUGGGCGAUCAGCUGAGCUCUCGCCGGUCCUCUUGCGGAGACUCGCGCGGUCGCUUCGCCUUCCUGGUCCAGGAGAACAGUUAAGAUGGAUUUCUCCAAGCUUCCGAAAAUCCGUGAUGAAGACCGAGAGAGCGUGUUCGGCUACGUCCAUGGAGUGUCGGGACCUGUGGUCACCGCCUGCAACAUGGCGGGCGCAGCGAUGUACGAGCUGGUUCGAGUCGGCCACAGCGAACUGGUGGGGGAGAUUAUCCGGUUGGAGGGCGACAUGGCGACCAUCCAGGUGUACGAAGAAACCUCUGGCGUCUCUGUCGGAGACCCCGUCCUGCGCACUGGCAAGCCCCUGUCGGUGGAGCUGGGCCCCGGCAUCAUGGGAGCUAUUUUUGAUGGCAUCCAAAGGCCCCUGACAGACAUCAGCGCUCUCACCCAAAGCAUCUACAUCCCCAGAGGAGUAAACGUGACGGCUCUCAGCAGGGACCUCAAGUGGGAUUUUGCCCCCGUCAAAAACCUGCGGGUUGGCAGUCAUAUCACCGGAGGAGAUAUUUAUGCCCUCGUGAAUGAAAACUCUCUCAUCAAGCACAAGAUCAUGCUGCCUCCACGGAACAGGGGCACAGUGACGUACAUCGCUCCACCUGGGAACUACGAUGCGUCUGAUGUUGUGCUGGAACUGGAGUUUGAGGGCGUGAAGGAGAAGUUCACGAUGGUCCAGGUGUGGCCCGUACGGCAGGUCCGUCCCGUCACUGAGAAACUGCCUGCCAAUCAUCCUCUCCUGACUGGCCAGAGAGUCCUAGAUGCACUUUUCCCGUGCGUCCAGGGAGGCACGACAGCGAUCCCUGGGGCUUUCGGAUGCGGAAAGACUGUGAUUUCCCAGUCUCUGUCUAAGUAUUCAAACAGUGACGUUAUCAUCUACGUGGGCUGUGGAGAACGAGGAAAUGAAAUGUCUGAAGUGCUCCGAGACUUCCCGGAGCUAACGAUGGAAGUGGAUGGCAAGGUGGAGAGCAUCAUGAAGAGGACGGCUCUCGUGGCGAACACCUCCAACAUGCCUGUCGCCGCCAGGGAGGCCUCCAUCUACACCGGGAUUACCCUAUCCGAGUAUUUCCGGGACAUGGGCUAUCACGUCAGUAUGAUGGCAGAUUCCACAUCCAGAUGGGCGGAGGCCCUUCGAGAAAUUUCCGGGCGUCUUGCGGAAAUGCCCGCUGAUAGCGGUUACCCGGCCUACCUCGGCGCCCGUCUGGCUUCCUUCUACGAACGGGCUGGCAGGGUGAAGUGUCUGGGGAACCCGGAGAGGGAAGGGAGCGUCAGCAUUGUUGGAGCUGUAUCUCCUCCUGGUGGUGACUUCUCUGACCCAGUUACCUCUGCUACCCUGGGCAUUGUUCAGGUGUUCUGGGGCUUGGACAAGAAGCUGGCCCAGCGGAAGCACUUCCCGUCUGUCAACUGGCUGAUCAGCUACAGCAAGUACACGCGCGCUCUGGACGAGUAUUACGACAAGCACUUCCCGGAGUUCGUCCCCCUGAGGACGAAAUCAAAGGAGAUCCUGCAGGAAGAGGAGGAUCUUGCCGAGAUCGUACAGCUGGUGGGAAAGGCUUCCUUGGCAGAAACGGACAAGAUCACACUGGAAGUUGCCAAGCUCAUUAAGGACGACUUCCUGCAACAGAAUGGCUACACCCCCUACGACAGGUUCUGUCCAUUCUAUAAGACUGUGGGGAUACUGUCCAAUAUGAUUGCCUUCUACGACAUGGCGCGUCGAGCAGUUGAGACCACGGCCCAGAGCGACAACAAGAUCACCUGGUCCAUCAUCAGAGAGAACAUGAGUGAAAUCCUCUACCGGCUCUCCUCGAUGAAAUUCAAGGACCCAGUGAAAGACGGAGAGGCAAAGAUCAAGGCAGACUACGCCCAGCUCUUUGAAGACAUGCAGAAUGCAUUCCGUAGCCUGGAAGACUAGAGCCGCGACUCUGUCCCCGGAGCCCCGCUUUUGACUGUGUUCUUCAUCUCUGCCCUCUUCGCUUUGCCAUGGAUAGAAGAGAAAGAUGUACAUUUCCCCUGAAGAUUACUUUUUAUCUCAACAAACAUUCCUUUUUAAGUUUCAUAGCUUUGCAGCGCAUGUAUGUGUUAAGUCUGAGCUGUAAAGCAGGUUUUGUAAAAAUUGAAAGCCUCCCCUUCUCUGCCGGAUGGGAGCGAGCGAUGUUUCAGAGCGCAGCUUCCUCUUAGGAGGAAGAACCGCAGUCUUAUGUACGUGUGGCGUGAGGGCAGUAGAGCUAUGCAUUUGUGGCCAUUCUGAUGCUUUAGAGAGAACACCAACCAAUUGCAUUUCAGUAAUGCGUUGCCGCUGUGAGAAAGCAAGACCUCUUCUGUUAAUUGCUUUGCUGUUAAUAUUCCUUUAGCCGGCAGGCUAAAAAAAUCCGCAGGUGUGGAACUGUCAAUGUGGGAACACACUACAACAUCCCGUGUGCCUGUCUCUGAGGAAAGGCAGCUUGUUUUCCUAGAUGAAAGCAUGUCUGAGAGAGGGAUUGGAACUGCUCCUCAAAACCAUGGUUAAUUCGGUCUUCUCUGUAGUAGGGAUACUUCCUGCUGCCUAGGAGAGCACUUUCGAUAACGUCUGAGUGACGCUUCGUAACUUUUCUCCCUUUUCUGCAUGACAAAAAUGGAUCAGGAAGCCAGUCCUUUCUGUUCCGCCUCCUGCAAUGCUUACUUUCCCCGCACAAUCACCCCAGAGAAUCUUGACACUGACACUCGUUUCCCCAGAAACUGGAUGACUUUGGGAUGUACGUUGGCCUUCCUGGCCUGUGAUCUGCAAAAUCCAUAGGAAGACCACCUUCGCUUAGCUUCUGUUGUGAGUAGUAAGAGUUUUGUACUACACAGUUUCAUUGAGGAAGGGAAUCUCGGUGGGCGGUGGGGGGGGGGUUCUUCUCCAAACACCCUGGCACUAAUGCAUUGUUCUCUCUUUCGUCGAUUGUGGAGGGAAGUCUUGCAGGAUCAGAAAUAUCGUUUCCCCCCACAUAGCGCAGUAUUUUGGAUGGGGCUGCUAGUAACAGUGAGGGGGUUGCCAGGUAGCCAGUAAUCGCAGGCUCUUGUACGAUGACCAAGUUAAAAACCUUCCUCCACCCCGUUCUUGGCAUUUUCAGUGGGGCUGUCUUACUUGUGUGGACCAAGGCCGCUGCUGUUUCGUGCGACACCAGUUCAGAUCCAGGCCUGGAGUCCAGCUGAGCCGUUCAGUGUUUUUUUUCUCCAAUCCGAACCACCACCACCCCUCCACUUCAACCGAUCUCUCAAUGUCAUCAUGCCGUUUACAAACAGUGGUAUGCGAAAGGCGAGCGCAAAGCCUUCCCUCUUAAAAAACAAAACCUUAUGGACUGUACUGUCACCGCUGUACUGUGUUGUAGUAUUUCAUGCAUAGGGAAUAGAUCAUGUUACUCCAAGAGGAUAUUUUAAAACUUUACAAAGUCGACCAACGCACCUAUUUAUUGUGCUGUAUCUAGCCCAGGAGCGGCCAGUUCAGUUUCGUGUACAUAUCUUUUUUUUUUUGGUCUGUUUUGUGUUUUUCUGUGUUGGGGUAAACUGAUGUUCACCGUGUUGCUGCAAACUCUCUGGCCCACAAAAAAGUGGGAGGAGUAAGAGGCUGGGCAAAUACAACUCUUCUCCUGUAUAGUAAGUACACUGUCGCUAGACGUUGCGUACACUUGUUCAGGUCACAAAGAAUAAAAAGUGGAUUUCAAA